GGGAGGUCGAAUGAGUGCUUAGUGUUUGAGGGGUUUCUGCAGGGAAGAGCUACUAUGGAGGGAGUUCUGCAAUUCUGUCUGCUUUUUCUGCAAUGUGGAUCAUUUGUACUCAUUUUAGCCAGACCUGAUCAUGACACAACCACAGUGAGAUCCAUUGUGGAUUCAGAUGCAGCUUUUACUGUAACUAAGAGCCUUUUUCCUGCAGGGAAAACCAAUGCCACUGAGGUUCCCACCACAAGAUUCAAAACAAGUUAUAGUGAGGCAACAACUAAACUUCCCAAAACCACCACAACUACUGAACAUCUGACUGAAGACACUGGUAAAGCAGUGGAGAGAGCAGUCACUGAAGAAGAAGAAGGUCCUUUGGAAUUAGAAAGGAGGUCCCCCAGGAGUGUUCCGGUAGCAAAGAAGUCCAAAAAGAUCCUGAAGAAACCCAAACUCUUCACCAAGAAGCCAAAGGUUGUUAAGAAAGCCAAACCUCAGGCCAAACAAAGUGUGAACCAGUCAGGGGCCACGGAGACAGUCCUACAAUGUCCUCCACUGGGUCUGGAGUCCCUGAAGGUCAAAGACACUCAGCUGAGAGCAUCUUCCUACCAACGCAGAGGCCUGGGGCCUCACCGUGGCCGGCUCAACAUCCAGUCUGGGAUAGAGGAUGGGGAUAUCUACGAUGGAGCCUGGUGUGCUCAGUACAGAGACAAGAAGCAGUGGCUGGAGGUCGACGCUCUGCGACUGACUCGCUUCACUGGUGUCAUCCUGCAGGGUCGCAGCUCCAUCUGGAGCUGGAACAUGGUGUAUACCUACAAGGUGCAGUUCAGUAACGACUCUCUGGUCUGGAAGCCGUGUAUGAACGGGACUGAAGAGGCUGUAUUUGAAGGAAACCAGGAUACAGAGACACCUGUCCUCGCCCUUUUCAACACUUCCACAGUGGCCCGUUACAUCCGGAUCAACCCACAGACCUGGUACCAGAACGGGACACAGGGAAACAUCUGCCUGAGAGCCGAGGUGUUGGGCUGCACACUCCCAGAUCCAAAUAAUAUCUACGCGUGGCAGACAGAACCCCCAAAGUCUAAAGACAAACUGGACUUCAGACACCACAACUACAAGGAGAUGAGAAAGUUGAUGAAAUCAGUAAACGAGGCGUGUCCUGACAUCACCCGCAUCUACAGCAUUGGGAAGAGUUACACAGGUCUAAAGCUGUACGUCAUGGAGAUCUCUGACAACCCUGGAAAACAUGAACUGGGAGAACCAGAGUUCCGGUACGUUGCAGGGAUGCAUGGGAACGAGGUGCUGGGCCGAGAGCUUCUGCUCAAUCUAAUGCAGUACAUGUGCAAAGAGUACAAACGAGGUGACCAGCGCGUCGUCCACCUGGUCAAAGAGACUCGCAUCCACCUCCUGCCCUCCAUGAACCCUGAUGGAUAUGAGAUGGCCUUUAAAAAGGGCUCAGAAUUAGCAGGUUGGUCUCUGGGUCGUUACAGCUAUGAAGGUAUCGACAUGAACCACAACUUUGCUGACCUCAACUCAGUGAUGUGGACCGCCAUCGAGCUGGAGACAGACCGGUCCAAACUCAUCAACCACUACUUCCCCAUCCCUGAGCAGUACACCUCGGAGGAAGCCUUUGUGGCGUCAGAGACCCGCGCUGUCAUCAACUGGAUGCAGAACAUCCCAUUUGUUCUUAGUGCUAACCUCCAUGGUGGAGAGCUGGUGGUCACCUACCCGUAUGACAUGACCCGCGACUGGGCACCUCGCGAGCACACACCCACUUCUGAUGAAAGCUUCUUCCGCUGGUUGGCUACAGCGUACGCCAGCACCAAUCAGGUGAUGUCCAACCCAGACCGGAGGCCUUGCCACAACAAGGACUUUCUAAGAUACAACAACAUCAUCAAUGGAGCCGACUGGCACAACGUCCCAGGAAGUAUGAAUGAUUUCAGUUACCUGCACACCAACUGUUUCGAGGUGACGGUGGAGCUGUCAUGUGAUAAAUUUCCUCAUGCCAGUGAGCUUCCCAUCGAGUGGGAGAACAACAGAGAGUCUCUUCUGGUUUACAUGGAGCAGGUCCACCGUGGAAUUAAGGGUGUGGUUCGGGACAAAGAUACAGAGGCGGGUAUAGCAGAUGCCAUCAUUAAAGUUGAUGACAUUGAUCAUCAUAUUCGAUCAGCUGCUGAUGGCGACUACUGGCGGCUGCUGAAUCCCGGUGAGUACCGGGUGACAGCCGGCGCAGAGGGCUACUACCCCUCCUCCCGUAACUGCUAUGUCAUGUACGACCACUAUCCCACAAUCUGCGACUUCCGCCUCACCAAGAUGUCCAAACAGAGGCUAAAAGAGAUUUUGGCGAAGGGGGGGAAACUCCCCAAAGACCUGCAGCUCCGGCUACGACAGCUACGCAUGCGGAAGCUCCGUGUCACCACCAAGGCCAUGAACCAGAGGCGUGCUGCUGCGGCUGCCAAACGGGCAAAGAGGGUGUGACGAUGAUGAAACAUAGUAUAAGAACAAAGCAGGACUUGGUUCAGUUCACACUGCGUUUAGAGACACCCAUCUUAACUGGAUUCAUGUCAAUUUUGCUUUUUUUUAAAAAAAUUUUAAAUGCUGUUGCUCCAUUUCAGCAACAUGCUAUUUUACACCUGUACACAAAGACACGACAAACCAACUGUUUCAUCUUCUGCUGUGGAGCAGCAGAACAACUGAAGAGACAGCUUCUUUCUUAAGAAACAUUUAUGGCUGUUGAUGAAUCACAUUACAUGUCUUUUCCAUGUAUCAGGCUAAGUUGUUAUGCUGUCAGCAAGAUCACAAGUUAAGUUCUCAAAAACACAAUUAAAAUUAAUUUUUGACUCACACCAGCCACUUUACUGAAGACAACUUCCUGUAUUGUUACUAUAUAUUAUUAUAUGUGAAAACUUUUAUACAGUGUUGUUGGGUAAAGUGUUGACUUUGAGCUUUAAAUGUUUUCACAUCCCAUUUAGGAAUUAUUUCUACACUGUAACAGAACCUCAACAUCACUGUACUUUUUUACUUUACACUGAAAUUAGGCACAGCUUUACAUUCAUGGUCACAGUUUCAAUUCAAAUUUAUGUUGUAGGAAUAUUGAGCCAAAAAAUAAAAUGUGUCAUCGUCUAAAUGCUUUAGCAACAUACUAACUUUAUCACUUAAAUAUGUUCAUAGAAUACUGUUUGUUUGUUUAUUUAAAAGUUUAAAAACAAACUAUACAUUUCGGGAUUAUUGUACUGCAAAGACACAUGAAGCUACUCCAAAAAGUAUCAAGUAAAACAACCAACAGUAUGUAAGGUUUGUGGAAAAUCUUGUAUCGUGAAAAGGAGUUAUGUUUUUAAAGCAAUACAAUCCCAAACUCCUGCAGAAAGUAAAGUAUUAUGUAGUGUGAACAUUUGGCCCAUCCUGCACCAGACUGCCAGCGGGAGGCAGUAGGCUCUUCUUACCAGCCCAAUCCAGACCCAGAACCAGUGUCCCACUUGACUCCUCAGGCCUGGACUUUUGCACACAACCACGUGAGCUAUGAUGCAGCAUGAACUGAUAUUUUUAGAAAGAUUUCUCAGAUAUACAACUGUGAUGCAUGACAGAGCUUCAGUUCUGACACAGACAUAGAAAGCCAUGACAUAAAGAUAGUUAAAUAGACUGCAGCAAAUUCAUUUGUAAACAGCAAAACAUCUGUUCUGAAUGAUUUCUUGACAUUGUGACAACCUGUCUCUACAUACUUUAAUUUCAUCGAUUGAAACCGAGCAAUUAAUUUUCACUGUAGAAAAUUAUAAUGAAUUUGCUUGCACUCGUAAACCCGAAAUAAAAAUAUUAAAAACUUGAAUCCUG